AUGGCCGCAGUGAGUGAGGACCCAAUCACUCUAUGGCUAAAACUGGGAGCGUUGGAGAAGUUGGAGCAGGUUGUACUGGAUGGCUACGGAGACCAACUUUACGGGAAGACAUCCAGGAUACCGCAAGUGAACAAGUUUCUUCGCCAAGUCCCUCUGUUUCAGAACAAGAUAGAUGAGAUCCAUAAGGCGGUGAGUACUGGAAAUUUGCGAGAUGUGCAACACCUGAUUGAUCGCAAGAAGCUCGCCUUUUGCAGGGACCACAUGGGAGCGAGCCCUAUGCACAAAGCCGUCCUGUUUUCCCAAAAGCCCAUCAUAGACUACUUGCUCGACCGGUAUCCUUCUGUUGUGCAUGCCAGAGAUCACAGAGGAAGGACACCUCUGCAUUAUGCAGCAGUGCUGAACGACAAUGGAGAGAUCUAUCAGAUGCUUUUGGAUCAUGGGGCAGACAUUAAAGCAACGGAUGUGUAUGGCAAUCGUCCAGAGUAUUACAUGCACGCACAAGAAGAAAUGAACAUUGAUGAACUGAAAGAAGGAAAUGAACCUGCAAAAACCGUAAAGCCAGUGAAAAUAAGACAUUUUAUUACAAACGGUGGAUCUCCACAGAAAGAAGCAAAGUCAGCCAAACCAGCAGGAACUAGAACUCAGAUACGAGAACUGAUCAGCCACGGCAGCAUCGAUGCUUUGGAGGAGCUCGUGCUGCAUGGACAUGGAGAUCGACUCUUGGGAGAAUCCGGGACCAACCCUCUUGUGCGAGAUUUCAUUAGGAUGGUGCCCAUCUAUAUGGAUGGUCGAACUCCGCUUCACUAUGCAGCUGCAUUAAAAGACGGUCAUGAAGCUUACAACAUGCUUAUAGCCCUUGGUGCCAAUCCUUUAAUUCUUGAUUAUAGGGGGAAAACUGCAGAAUAUUAUUUACAAUUUCCAGAGCAUCUUCACUUAGAACAGUUAAUAAAGCAAAGUCAACGAGCGAAUGCUAAUUAUAUUGCUAACAAUGCAAACCGAAUCAAAUUAGCUUCACCGAAGAGGAGAUUAGAAAUCAACUCAGCUAACAUAAAACGAUGGGUUCGAGAAGAAGAUUUAGAAAAACUAGAAGGCGCUGUGUUAGAAGGAUAUGGAGACAAAGUUGCACUGCAAAAGAGUGACAAUAUAAAACUUCAACAGUACAUAAGUGACCAGGUGCCUUUGCUUGUUAAAAAGAUCGAAGCUAUCCAUUCUGCUGUCUCCAAUGAUGAUCUGAAUGAACUCCAAACACAGUUGCAUGAGACUGACCACAUGGUGCUCGCAAAAGAUCAAUUCGGUAUCAAUGGCGCUGGUUCUUUACCACAAGUAGUUAUGGAUAAAAUAACAAAAUGGCUUCAAAAUGGAGAACUAGACCAUAUCAAAGAGUUUGUUCAUGAAGGUUAUGGACAACACUUAGUUGGAAAAACGUCCUGGAGUGAAGAUGUGAAGCAUUAUCUAAAAACUGUACCUGUUUAUCUUAUGAACUUAGGAUCCGCUUUCCAUGCAGUUGAGAAAGGCGAUAUUGCAACUCUCGACAAGCACGUUACAUCUGAUGAAAAUUUACUAAAGGCGAAAAAUUCGGAGGGUUCUACGUUGAUUCAUCACGCUGUUCUUCACGAUCAAUUGAACGUUCUGAAUUAUUUCUUGGACAGGCAUCCGUCUAUACUCAACAACAAAGACAGGACUGGUAGAACUCCAUUGCAUGUUGCUGGUCAGCAAAAAAAUCAGUACAUUUACACAAUACUUGCUGCUGCGGGAGCAGAUCCUAUGAUUCUUGAUCAGAAAGGACGGACAGCAGAGUUUUACAUGAGUUCAACAAGCAAACCUUCGACAAAGGCUCAAGUCACACCUUCCUCAUCUACACCUGAAAAUGAAUCGUCUGGUGAAAAAUCAAACUCUCCAACGGAAAAGACUCCGGAAGAACCUAAAGAGCCAGAAAUUGUCACUCCUGACCCCGACGAUCGUCUCAAUGACUUGAUUGACGUCUGGAUUCGAGAUAAAGAUUUGCUGAGGCUUGAGCAUGUCGUCAUAGCUGGUCAAGGAGAGAGACUUAUUGGCAGAACGUCCGAAGAUCGUCAAGUGCAAGAGUUUCUGGAUUUAGUUCCUACUUAUAUGGCCAGAAUCAAAGGUGUUCAUGAUGCAGUGGUACGCGGCAACUUAGGAGAAGUGGAAUCCGUAUUGACAAGAAAACGAUUCGCACUCAGUCGGGACCAUUUGGGUGCCAGCCCAUUGCACCUGGCCGUGCUACACGGCCACACUGACAUCGUCAAGUACAUAAUUGAUAACUUUCCAGAAGCUCUGGACGGACCUGAUAACGAAGGGAGAACUCCUUUGCACUACGCAGCAGUGAUGAGAGACGGAGGCAAUUACUACAGAAUAUUACUAAUGGCUGGAGCAGAUGAAACAGUUGUUGAUAAAACAAAUCACACUCCAGAUUACUAUUUAACUCACCCGGGAGUAUUAACAAUACGUGAUCUUCUGGAAGGUUACAGGAUUAAGGAUCCACAGAGGCGACCAUCACAAGUGAACAUUUGGCAGCGUCCGCCGACGGAUGAUGCCGAUAAGCAUAAUUUUUUCGACGGUGGUGACGACAGGGAUUUAUUUGACGAACCAGAGCCCGGAAACACUCCUGAUUAUUCUGAUCCUAGUCCUGAGCCCCCUCCAGAAGAACCUGAAGAACAACCGGAAGAGCCACAGCAGAGUACUUCAAUUUAUCCUAUUCUUUUCGACCGACAGAACAGGGAUAGCAGAUAUCUUGCAAGUGUUCUAGGAGAUGCUCUAAUUAAAGGUUUAAGUCAAGUUGCUCAACGAAGGCCCAAAGAUCCUAUUGGAUACUUAGCAACGUAUCUCUACCAGUACGCUGCGAGAAAUAGCACUGCCAUUUCACAAACUCCAACAUCCCAGGAAGAUGAAAUGUAUCAAACCGAAAAAAUAGAAGAAAUAGAAAUUGAAGAGCCUAAAGAAAGUGAGAGUCACACAUCCCCAGUAAAAGCUGAAGCCACCGAUAUUUUCACCGACAGUAAUCAAGAUUCUCAAGGCUGCAGCGCAACGAAAUUAGAUGUUCUGGAAGAAGACCCAGAAGAAUAUGAAGAUGACGAUGAUGAACUAUCUUUGGAGUUUGAAGACCAUACAAAAAUGAAAGAUGAAUCGGGCCAAACAGUCCUGCAUUUUGCCUCGACACGUGUGCACCCUGAUGGAAGUUUCUAUGGGCUCCUUAGCCAUGCUGAAGUGCUAUUGGCUGAACGAGACGCCCUAUAUAGAACUUGCCGGGACAUGGCAGAAGAAACGGGACAAGAAGAGAACAUCGCCACAAUCGACAGAUACGUUUUCGAUGCUUACUUGCAAGAAAGAUCGUCCUUCAUCCACAUGCUGAUGCAUGAAGGCUAUGACCAUCUGAUUCAUAUCAAUGAUACCUCGAGGAGAGAUGUCGGUACAGUAUUGCAACAGCAAAGACUCCGUACGGCGUUAUCACUCCUAAGAGAAGUGACAGAUUUUGUGAAAAGGCGAGAGGAACUUCAUGGUUGUAUUCGGAACCGUUUCCUGGAAGGAGUUUGUCGUUUAAUUAAAUCAGAUAGUACUUUAGUGACGGCCAAAGGAACAAGGGCUCGCUGUGCUCUUCAUGUUGCAGUUCUGUUCGAACACAUUGGAGUCAUCAAUGCCUUAGUAAGAGCAAACUCUUCGGCAGUCCACGUUGCUGAUAAUCUCGGACGAACGCCCCUUCAUUACGCUAUGGCGACAGAAAAGGUGGAUAAAAUUGCCAAAAUUUUAGUUAAAGCUGGAGCUUUACGAACCUGUAAAGAUGUGAGAAUGAGAACGCCCAGCUACUUUUUCAUCUACAAGGAUGAAAUUGAAAAAUUAUAUGAAGAGGAAUCUCGUCUAGCUUGAAUGCUGACUUUGAGCAAAGUAUCGUGUACAUU